CUGCAAAUGCAAGUGAGGCUCAAUCCAUCAGAUAAACGAAGUUUUGUUUUCUACUAUUUGAUCAAGAAGUACACGCCACACGAUGUAGUCCUUGACAAGGAGAAGAAAGACAUUGAUGUUGAUGUGCUCGAAUCAAUUUUUGAAAACACGCCGGUCAAAUCGCUUCUAGGAAAGAUUUGCUCGUUUAGCGAUGUGAACCUGAAAGAAGCGGUGCUGCAGUAUAAAAAAGAGGCCGAUGCGCUGAGAGAUGUUUACUUUUCACUGCUUUAUGCCGACGGUACGCUUCUCAAAGCAAUGAAAACAGACAAAGCCUCUAGCGGCUUGACGGAUGAGAACGAGCACAUUGCUGACGUACUACGGGUGCUGUGUGAUCUCGCAAAAAAUAACGGAAUCAUUGAAGAGUACAAAAAUGAGAUGAAACCGAAGGAGACAUGUAGAUUUCCACCAGAACCGAGCGGUUAUCUGCAUCUAGGACAUGUGAAAGCAGCGCUUCUGAACAACUCAAUGGCUGACAGGCUCAUUGUUCGAUUUGAUGACACAAACCAGGAGAAGGGCUCGGAUCUGUACGAGAAGAUUAUCUUGGAGGACCUGGAGCUACUUGAGCUGAAAGAGCAUCGGCUGUCCAGAACAAGUGAUCACUAUAAGACAAUUAUGGUGUGUGCUCAAUAUCUGAUCAACGAGGGAUUGGCGUACUGUGACAACACUGAGCAGGAACAAAUGAACAAGGAGAGAAUGGACGGCAUCGAAAGUGCCAAGAGAAAUACGAAACCGGCCGAUAACAUGAAAAUAUUUCAUAAGAUGAUGGAACUGGGAGAUACGGAGAAGCCGGUAGACACGUCUGAAUUCGAGCAUUACUGCGUGAGAGCUAAAAUAUCGGUUGACGACAAGAACAAAGCUCUAAGAGACCCUGUCAUAUUUAGAUUGAAGGACAAGAAGCAUGGUAGAACGAAUUCUAGACUGUCUCCGACGUACGAUUUUGCCUGUCCAAUUGUGGACAGUACGGAAGGAGUGACCACAGUGUUGCGUACCAACGAAUUCAGGGACAGGAAUGCGCAGUAUUUUUGGUUCCUCAGGAUGCUCAAAAUGCGUACGCCAAUCAUAAAAGACUUCAGCAGAUUAAAUUUUGAGAACACAAUUUUGUCGAAAAGAAAGCUCAGAACGAUCAUUGAAGAGCACGGUUUGACCUGGGACGAUCCAAGAAUACCGACUAUAAGAGGCAUUAUGAGACUGGGAUUGAAUAUAAAUGUUCUGAAGGAGUAUAUAACGAUGCAGGGAAUGCGGCAGAAGAACACCGUUAACUCAUGGGAUAAGAUAUGGGCAAUGAACAAGAAGUAUCUGGAAAGGAUGUGUAAAAGAUAUUCAGGUGUAAAGCAGGACAGGUGUGUGAAGAUUUGUUUUGUGGAUGACAAGGGAGAGCCAGUAGAGCCGUUAGAAGCGACGUUAACGAUUCCGUACAACAAAAAGGAUUCCUCGAUGGGACAAAGGACUGUUUAUACCAAGAGCAUGGUGAUUUCUAAAGAAGAUGCGGAACAGCUUGCAGAUAACGAGGAGUUUACCCUGAUGCACGUUGGAAAUGUUGUGGUGAAGAGCAGGCAGCCUGAUGCAAUACUAGUCAUGAACAAUCCGGAUGGUGAUGUCAAGACAACUGUGAAUAAAAUUACAUGGGUGUCGCUUGAGGGAGCGCUCAACAUCAAUUUAGCAAUUUACAGUGAUCUGGUGAUUGACGGUAGGUUUAACACCGAAUCGAAGAACAUCAUCCAAAUUUAUGCCGAAAAGUCCGUUGAGGACGUAAAGUACGGCGAGGUCAUACAAUUUGAGCGUAUAGGCUUCUGUAGACGCGAUUACAAAUCCGGUGAUUUUAUCAUGGUUCCCUACACUGAACAGAAGCGGAAAGUACUCAAUAAAAAUUAA